CUUCUAUAUAUUAUACAAUAAUAAUAUAUAGAAGUAUGUAAGAUAUAAUAUGUAGAAGUCUAUGAAGCCAAGCUUUAGGUUAAUUGUCACGAUCGAAAAUUUCUAUCUGGGAUAUCUCUAUUUCUCGUGAUUGCUCAGCAAAAUAUGAUCGAGUAAAAAACUUCAGAAAAACAGUUCGUUAAUACCCCGUUCCGUUUGGUGAUGCAGUUCUCUAAUUCGCUACAGUACAGAAGAUGCAACAUCUCAUCUCGACAAUGAGAUUAUGCGUUCUAAUUCUUUCUUCGGAUUUCCGGACUGUUUUUAAAACACGGUUGUCUAAAAUUAAUAAGCGGUACCGUCCACUAUUUUACGCCAUCUCGCAAUCGUGAUUAUUCAGAAGAGAUUGCAAAUUCGAUGUCGCGGAAACAGAAAGGUUCGACAACACAUCGACGAUGUCUUAGAUAGUUAGAGAUAAUGUCGCUGUCACAGACGAAUUGCAUCGAGUAUAUUUUUGAUACAUCAUCGGUUCAUAUCGUCAGGCCUUUCAGUUUAGAUGAUAAAUCGCGAAUGUUUCGUAGCGAUCGCGAGAUGACGAAUGCGGUGAAAAUCGAAGUAUGUAAUCGUCACGAAACAGCGAGGAUGUACAUACAAAGUGGCUCGAGUUAAGCGCAAGUAUGACCGAGUCGGUUUUAAUAGCCAAAAUUCUGUAGCGUUCGUAGGAAGUAAUCUUGAAUGUAUUUUUGGAGAAGAUAGUCAGUGAACGUCACGUGACAUUGUAGGAGCACGCCUCCGCAUCGCGGCGGCGUCGAGACGCCGACCGACGUCGGUUAUUUAAGAUAGAUCCGCGAUUUGCAUUGAGUCAGAGAGCAGACGACUCCGAAAUUGUCUGGUAAACUUCGAGUUGACCGAUCGCCUCUUCACGUUCCACAUAAGGUACGACAGUAGUGUUCUCGUUACGUUUUCUUUUCCUUUUAUCGCGUGUGUGUACUACUGGAAUUCUCUCGUUAUCUCGCCGCGUCCUCACUAGCCCUAAUAGGUAUUAUGAGUCUAAUCGCUUAGCGUAUAACUUACGGUAAUCUUAGAAUUAUUUAAAUAUAAUGUUAUUCGUCUACGUCUCCAUUUCUUUUGUUUCGUCUUUUAGAUCAGGAUGUGAGCUUAUUGGUACGUUUUGUGCGAAAUAAUCUUAAGCUAACGGUCCUUAUGUCCUCGUCAAAAUCUCCCCCACCGAGCUACAACCGCAAACGGAUGUCAAGGAUACAUAUCCUUAAUCAAAGAAGAAAGAAAGGGAUAAUCGUGAAGAAUUUUAGCGCGAGUCACAUGAUCUUUAAUCCUCGAUUUGAUUGUGUUCGGUGAUCGUAAAUCGCGUGUGUAGAUACGUAUGAUGCUUAGCAACGUUUGGGGGCGUGUGACUUUAAACUAGUACCUGCGCUGUCUGAUUAAUCGUCAUCGUUGUUCCAUCGUCAUAGUUGGUCGAUACUUAAAUCCCGAUAAUCUAUUGUCUCGAGACAAUUUCAUUUAAAUUCUCUAUACGUAAUCUUACGCGAACGGACUAGCUUUGCUGUUUCGAGCUCUCGCUUGGCUUAUGACUAUAGUCUAAACAUUAUUGAGUUCUUUGUAUUUUUUCGAGUCUCCGUGUCGUGAAUAGAGAAACCGGUUUCUAUGCGAUCUAAUGAUAACCUCCCUUCCAUUUAUUGGACGUUGCCUUUAAUUCUGUCAAUUCUAUUGCCACGCGAGAGAAGUCGUAUUCCGAGGUAUUUAGUAUCAUCUGCAGUGCUGUAUUGCGUUACAAGAUGCGUCAAAAGAUCCGUUAUAGAUUUAUCUAUUGCCUAUGAGAGGCAAGAAUUUAAAUGUGAGUGAAGAGCUUCUCGUACGUGUAACGUUUAACGAAGGGAGAGUGUCGUUUAAUGUCGAUUUUUACGUACAGCACGUGACUGACGUAUCGGCUAACGCGUUCUUACAUUCCCCUAAAACUAUCACUUAACAAACGAGUAAUCUAGAGUAAUUAAUAACGAUGUGUGCGGUCGAGAAAACGAGACUCUCUCAUUGUGACCUUUAGUUAUAAAUGCGUAGGGUAUCUCACCGACGACUUAUAUUCGUCCAUUCCGGAAUGGAUGACGCGGAUUUCGAUAAGUCUUUCAUAAAUCGAGAUGUACUUCGGCCGUUGUGUAGGAUUGUGUAAUUAGCUUCUUUUACGCUACAAUUAUGUGCCAAUAUGUCAAUAGUGUUCCAAGUAAGUCCGAGAGAUUAAUUACACUUAACGAUAGUCCUAGAAACUAUCCGAUGAAUUAUACACGAGAGAUUUAUCGCCUUUGUGCAGUCUAGCUUAAUAAUUCUUAGCAUCUAUACGUAGAAUUAACGUAUAUAUAUAUAUAUAUUAUAUAUGCUAUAGUUGUGUGAUUCAAUUGCCAAACUUCAUUCACGCCUAUUUCUCGCCCGGGACGCUUAUAUUUUAUUUGUUCGUGUCUCCAGAAAAAUGUAUAUUUCUUCUUGUUUUUACGUUCGAGCAGAGUAUCGACCGGUCAUUAUUGAUUGUUCGAUUGAUUCGCAGAUGUCAAUCGUGCCUCUAGUUUUCCGCGAUUGGUGGGACGAUAUCGAUCGUCCCGUCUCGCGGCUCUUGGAUCAACACUUUGGCACUGGCCUCCACCGAGAUGAUCUGAUUUCGAAUUUUACCGGUCUUGGUUUCAAUCGAGCCCCUUUACGCUCGAUUAUCGGGAACACGUACUAUCGACCGUGGAAGAACGUGACGCGUCAGAGCUCAAGCGGAUCUAGCACGAUCCAGUUGGACAAUAAUAAUUUCCAGGUGAUACUGGACGUGCAACAAUUCUCACCGGACGAGAUCACGGUGAAGACAGUCGACAACUACGUUAUUGUCGAGGCCAAGCACGAGGAGAGACAAGACGAGCACGGCUACAUCAGCAGGCACUUCAUACGCAGAUACGUCCUGCCACCAUCUCACGAUCUCGUCAAUGUCACCUCGACUCUUUCCUCGGAUGGUGUACUAACUGUCACGGCGCCCAAAAAGGCAAUCGAGCCAAGACCCACGUUAACAUCCGCCCUGCUCUCUCAUCCGCGGACACGACCGCGAACGAAUAGAGCCUCUUUCUCUCUUUCUCUCACUAGCCCCUUCUAUCACUCUUUCUCCCUCUCCCGUCUUUGUUAUAGUUGGUGCGGCUUACGUUACAUGUUUGAAUUUUUUGCUUUUUGAUUCCAAUGUUUCCAAUGCUGUGCCUCAGUA